AUGCACACUUACAAAUUCAUCCAAAUCGCUCUCUUGUUUGCCAGUGUUGCUCUGGCAAUUCCCACUCCCCCUUCUCCCCCUAACCCCCCUCCCGUCCCACAACUACCGAACUCGGAGACGAAGUCCAACCGCCUAGUGUCUCACUCUUGCGAAUUCUGCGGCGUUGUCAAGCCUUCCGGGCCAGCAUAUCUGGAACACUAUCACCAAAACCACCGAGAAGAGGUCUGGGGAAAGUUGGCAACACCUUCUCCCCCCAACCCCCCUCCGGUCCCGACGCAAAAGGUGGAAACACAUGCCCCAAAGACGCACGGUUGCGAGUGGUGCAACAAGGUGGAGCCUUCCGGGCCAGCUUAUAUAAAGCAUUAUAAAGAAAACCACGAAGAUCAGGUUUGGGGAAAAUGGGCUGGACAAGAUGCCAAGGCGAGCCCAUAG